AUGUGGAAGAACCUUGGAGUGUCCAGCAGAGUCUGGAUGGACAUAUCAUUUGUUCACCAGGAUCCAAAGUUCCAGCCAGAUUUGUCUAGCACCUACCAACCUGUAAAGUGCAACGUUGAUUGCACCUGUGAUGGUGAUAGGGGUCAGUGUGUUUAUGAUCGACAGUAUGCUGAAAUGAGUUCUAGCAGUGGUGUCCUUGGUGAGGACAUUAUAUCGUUUGGCAAUGAAAGUGAACUUGCACCCCAGCGUGCUGUUUUUGGUUGUGAAAAUGUGGAAACUGGCGACCUUUACAGUCAACAUGCUGAUGGCAUAAUGGGUUUGGGCCAUGGUGAUCUCAGUGUUGUGGAUCAACUUGUUGACAGAGGUGUAAUUAGUGAUUCCUUUUCCUUGUGUUAUGGAGGGAUGGAUGUUGGUGGUGGUGCAAUGAUUCUUGGUGGCAUUUCCCCCCCUGCUAACAUGGUAUUCUCCCGUUCUGAUCCUGCACGCAGUUUCGGGAUGGCAACAGUCCAUAUUACAAUAUUGAGCUGAAGGAGAUGCAUGUUGCUGGGAAGAAGUUGUCUUUAAACCCAAGUGUUUUUGAUGGAAAAUAUGGAACCAUCCUGGAUAGUGGCACUACUUACGCUUACCUACCAGAAGCAGCAUUCCAAGCAUUUAAGGAUGCUGUAAGAUUCACUUUAUUUAACCUUUACCUC